AUGUUAUUUAAUAUAGUUGCCAAUGACUAAGAAAAAUUGUAUGAAAAUGAAAACCCAACAUAUGAUGAGAUCAUACGCUUUAUAAAACAGCAAAUGAAUAUAAUUAGUCCUUUAUUAACAUAUAUAGAUGAUGAUGGGAAAUCUUAUUAUGUGAAUUGUACAAAUGACAUUAAUGAAAUAAAAAAGAAAUUGGCUAUUAUUAAGAAAGUGAAUUUGUAUAUAACAUUGUAAUCUUGGACUUGUGAAUUUUGUACAUAUGAAGAAAAUACUGAAGAGAAAUGUGAAGUUUGUGGAUAAAUUAAAAAAUGA